AUGCUAUUGAUCCUCACCGAGGGAUACAGUUCCGCCUCCCUCCUCCAGCGGGCCAAUGAGUUUGUAGUUCAGAACUUUCACGACCUCUCAAUGACUCCAGACUUCCUGGAUAUGCCGGUGGGCAUGCUGGAGGUAUGUCUGGGGUCGGACAGUCUGAGCGUGCCCAGUGAGGAGGUGGCGGUGAGCCUUAGCAGUGCCCCAGACAUGGGGAAACCCCGUACCAUGCACACAUGUGUCACCACCCUGGGCAGACUGUAUGUGCUAGGAGGGAGGACCAGAGGAGAGAGGGAUGGGGCUCCUAGCCUAAUGGAGAUACACGCACAAAAAUACAGAAACCCCCACACACAUACACACAUACCUCUAACCCUCCCUGUGGCCUCGUAUUACCCAGAAUCCAGUGCAAUCUACACAUUGGGGUCAUCGGUGGAGAUAUCGGACUCCUUCAACCCUUCGCUGGACUGUUUCCUGCGCUACGAUGCCGUCUCUGACCAGUGGAGCCACCUGUUGGCAGAGUUUGGUCAGUUUUUCCACGCCACCUUGGUCAAGGCUGUGUCCGUCAACAACACUCUACACCUCUGUGACUUGUCUAUGUAUAAGGUGUACAGCUUCUGUCUGGAGACGUGUGUGUGGCAAGGGGAGGGGUCGUUCGAGUGUGCCCGGUGCAACGUAGGUGCCGUGGGCAUGGCCAACCGAAUCUACAUCCUGGGAGGAGACUACUCACCUGAUGAGAUCACUGACGAAGUCCAGGCGUACCACAGUGGGCGGGGCCAGUGGGAGGAAGUGACACCAAUGCCACACCCCCUGACAGAGUUUCACUGUCAGGUCAUCAGCUUCAACAGAUACAGAGACCCC